CAGGCGCGGCGGGGCGCGGCGGCGGCAGGAGGCGGCGGAGGAGGUGCCGCCAUGGCGGAGGGCGAGGCCUUGCUGUCCGUGGACUACGAGGUGUUCGGCAAAGUGCAGGGCGUGUUCUUCCGCAAGUACACACAGGGGGAGGCUAAGAGACUAGGACUCGUUGGCUGGGUCCAAAAUACCAGCCAUGGCACUGUGCAAGGGCAAAUCCAGGGCCCAACUGCCAGGGUGCAGGAGCUGCAGGAAUGGCUCAGGAAGAUAGGAAGUCCCCAGUCCCGCAUCAGCCGAGCAGAGUUCAGCAAUGAGAAGAAGAUUGAGGCUCUGGAGCACAAGGAUUUCCAGAUUUUGAAGUGACUUUGUCCAGAAAGAAGCGAAAUCUGAAGCUGGAGCUACCCUCAUGGAACAUUUCCCCUCUUCCUCACUCGUUUAGUCAGGCAAUAUUCAGCUCUAGAGUUUUAUUUUGCUACAUUUCUAAUUUAUUGUUUUGUUGCGCUGUUAGUCUGACGCUCAGCCUUUCACAGAAUUCUGGUGGGUAGAGGAAGAGCUGUGCUGUCUUUGUUAAAGGGACUGCUCAGAGGCCGAGCCUCUGUUUCUGAGUGACGCAGUUUGGGGGGUCAUACGUGAGUGGAAUCUGUGAUGUGUAGAGUGUGGCACUCACGGAGAGUCACAGGAUCAACGCUGACACGGAAGAUUGCUAAAAACAUUGUGUCUGUGCACUAAAUGCCUCAGAAACAACUUACUUUGUUCCGGAACUUCGCGUUUUCUGUAGAAUAAAGUUGCUUGCAGCUCGC